AUGAACGCUUCUGAUCAGGAAGUUGAGCAAGACCAGAAGAGAAUCCCUACAAUCCAAGAGAUGGAAAGUUGGAACGAUGAACAAUUGCUCGAAUGGAUUCGGCGAACACAACCAAACAUUUUCCGCGAUGACAAGGACGUUUUGACAUUCAAAGCGGCAAAAAUUAGUGGCUCUGCCUUCUUGGAUUAUGCUGAGGAUCUAGACCUUUUCACAGAAACUCGUCUACCCCCUGGGGUCUACAGCUCUCUCGCAUUUCUUGCAAGAAAAGUCAGUAAACAGAAGGAUCAACGGAAACAGACAGCCGAUCGAAAGAGGAAAGGGGACGAAACAGAUUUAUCUGAAGAGCUGCCCAUUUCACCAAAAAGACGUCAAAAAUAUAAAGAGGAAGAUGAAGAGGAAGAUAAAGACAUACUAACACAAUUAGCCACUGAAGCGAAUAGGCGAAGAAAGGCCAUUAAGGAUAUGAUUACUCAGAUGAACGACUCUCCUAACCAGCAUUCUGAUCCCGUCAACCCUCUUCCUGGAGCUGUCGAUAAACUUUCCGAUCCUACAUUAAUUCAUACACUCGAUUUCCCAUUUAUCGAUACUAUACCAAAACGAUUCAAUGAGCCCGAUAUAGCUAAAGGAAAGUGGUUAUAUAUGGGGAGAACGAUAUUUAAAGAGUUCCUCCACGAGGUAAAAAAAGUGCGAGAGGAUGACGAUUACCGAAGAUUCUGGCUCUAUGGAACCCAGGGCUUUGGGAAGUCUCACCUUCUAGCCGCCCUCGUCUGCUACUUCAUUGCUCAAAAUGAACGGGUCGUCUAUCUACCGGAUUGCCGAUGCCUACUCGAAAGCCCUAUUCCUUACGUUGUAGCAGCAAUGCUGCUCGCCUGGGUCGACGAUUUCACUACCCAGAAGAAGAUUAUGGCCUUAAACACCGAAGACCAGAUUUGCCGAUUCUUCAAGGACAAAAAGGACGUUAUAUUUGUCGUUGGUCAGAUGAAUGCAUUAAGUCGAAUCGCGUUGCGAAGAAGGAGAGGGCCGAAAGGAUACGCGCAUGGUUCCUCUGCAAAUUCCACGACCGAUCUUCAAGAGUUCCAGCAUGAGGGCCCGAACAAAGUUAUAACUGUUUAUGGCGGUUUCACCAGAACGGAAAUGGAGCAGUGGUGGAAGCAGCAUGAAGAUAUUGAUAUGAGAGGGUAUUCCCGGAACGAGGUUGAAGACUUUACAGGCUGCAUCCCACUGCUCUUGAAGCAAUGCGUGAAGAAUGGGAAGAUUAAUUUGACGACCACCGAAUUGCGCCAAAUCUAUGGCAAUUCUGUGGGGUUUACGCAGCUAGUUAAGUCUACUGCUACGGAUACUAUUUGGGAGUGGUAUUGCAACUACGUGAGAGCUUGCGUCCGUCACGAGCCUGUACCAGAUGAAUGGAGGCAAUUCCUCGAACUGAUCGACCAUCGAUACUUUUAUCACGAUAAGAACGACAUUGGACAGUAUACCUGUGGUUUAGUUCGUGACGCGAUAACAAAUAAGCUUCUCGAGUUGGGUGUUACUUUUAUCGACAUCAACUUUCUGAAUUCAUUGCCCAACUUUAUCCACAAUCGAUCUGUUGUCGAGUAUGCAAUCGAACACGCCAUCCUCGCAUCCAUCCGGUCACAAGGUUUGAGGGUUGGUGAGUGGGGUAGCAAAGGUAUGGAGUUAAGCUUCUUUCAGACUCAACCCAGUAUUCAGUCCGAUAUCCGCGAUAUGCCGGUACUUUAUCGCCCUCGACAGACCAAUUACAAGACGAUGGAUGGAAUGAUUGCCUUUAUUAAGGACCCCCAAAGAACCGCUAGAAGGAAAAAGCCGAUAUUACUUCUCUUCCCCCUCCGGAUCACGGCGGCAAAAAACCACUCGAAUUCUUAUCUGGGAUUCUUGGAUGAAUACCGUCAGUGGGCGGAGCAACAACUAUUGACGUUUGACAUUGAAUUAGAAUUCCUCUGGAUCACUCCAAAGAAACCCAACGUCAUACCACACCCGCCCGAUUCACCGUGGCCUAGACACCAAGAGCGUUAUAUUCCUUUCUCGGAGGUUAGCACAGAUAUCUGGAUUAGGUACCAAAGAGCAGAGAAAUCCAAAGAAAAGAAAGGAGGCGGUGAAAUGGAAGGAGACAAUAAAAAGAAAGACGAUCAAGAGGAAGAAGAGGAGAAAGCCGAAGAAGAAGUCGAAGACCAAAGAAGUGGACGCGUAACGCGGUCUAAGGCAAGGCAAUCUAGGACAAGGCGAUCGAGGGCGCGCUAG